AUGACUACACCAAAGCUUUUCAUUACCGGAGCUACGGGAUACAUUGGGGGCGACUUUCUUUACGCCAUUUAUGACGCUCAACCGACAUGGCACAUAGCGGUACUCGUGCGGCAUAAUGCGGGCGCGGAAAAUAUUGCAAGAAUAUUUCCUCGAGUCAGAAUCGUGCGGGGCGAUCUCGAAUCUAGCACUGUGCUCUGCAAUGAAGUCAGAGAUGCGGACAUAGUAUUACACUUUGCAAAUUGCGACCACGAAGGAUCGGCCCAGGCUCUGCUCAAGGGGCUCGCUAGGCAUAGCUCUGAACGACCAGGCUGGUACAUUCAUACAUCCGGGACCGGCAUUCUAGCCUUCGAAGAUAAACGCUCCCAAACAUGUGGCAUUUUACGGGGGAGGGUUUACAACGAUUGGGAAGGUGUCUCGGAACUAGUCAAUCUUCCCAGCGACGCCUUUCACCGAAAUGUAGAUUCACUUGUCACCCAGACAUAUCACACCCCAGAGAAAACUUUUAAGACAGCCAUUGUGUGCCCUUGCUGUAUUUACGGUACAGGUCGUGGUCCUGGGAACACGAGCAGUACCCAAGUUUAUACUCUCGCAACAACUGUGCUAAAGCGAGGAAAGGGAAUACGUGUCGGUGAAGGCAGGAACGUAUGGCACCAAGUACACAUCCAGGAUCUGACUAAACUCUACGUGCUUCUGGUCGAGGCUGCUGCAUCUGGUGGUGGAAACGCCACUUGGGAUGAAGAAGGAUAUUAUCUUGCGGAGAAUGGAAGUUUCUGCUGGGGUGAUGUCGAAGAAGCAGUAUCGAGAGUAGCGUUCGAGAGGGGAUACAUACCUACAUCUCAGAUAGACACAUUGGACUGGUCUCGGACAGAAUCAUUGGAUGCUAGAGGUCCGUACCGAUGGGGAUCAAAUUCUCGUGGUACAGCCGUUCGGGCAAGACGUCUUCUAGGCUGGGUGCCCAACCAGCUAGGGCUACUUGAAACUAUCGACGAAAUCGUUGACUGUCAAGCUUGUGUUGCAGGGCUAUUGAAAUCAGAGCAGACUUAG